CUUGCACCGAUCGUCAAAGUGGCCGUGAACACCUCCAUCAUCGCUGGUUGAGGUGCGCAGCAUGUCGAUCGCAUUUGCCACGGAAUGCAUCAUGCUCUUUCUGUUCACGGGGGCCCUACUCCACUACUACAAGGAUCCACAUGUGGGCUACCUUGUCUACAGCUUUGUCUUCAUGAGCUGGUACGCUGGCUUCCUCGGUCUCUUGAUGCUGCCUGUGGACAUUUCGGCAACAUUAGCGGCUAGGAUCGGCGCGUCGUCCCAGCCACUGCAUGUCCACACGUCCCUCUUGACAGGGUGGAAAGUCCUGUAUUGGUUGACAUUUAUGUUCAGUUGGGUAGUUCUGCCCGUGCUGAUUGAGUACAGCCAGAGCGGCGCGUUCACGCCCCAACAAAAGCUCCAUGCGUCCAUUCGGUACCUCCUCCGGCACUACGCGAUUCUUCUCGCGGCGGGCGUCGCACUUGUCAUGUACCUAAUUGUGGUCGACCACUUGACGUUGUCUGGCAUUGUCGGCCUUGCCAUGACGGUGGCCAACACGUAUGGGCUGUUGUGGCUCAUUGGACUUCUCGGAUACGGAGUCGUCAACGUCCCGCGAAACGUGUGGCGUACUGCAAAUCCGCACGACCGUCUGCGGCGUAUUUACUUUCGAGCCAUCCAGAUCCACGACGACCGAGUUGAGGCCAUGUUCACUUACGACGACGUCAUCCGCGAUGUCCAAGACUUGAUGCGGCGCUUCCAAGCCAUUGAACAGUCCACGAUCAUCUUGACGCCGGACAUGCAGCACAUCAAACAAUGCUUGCGCCACGUCGCCGCCACAUUAGGCCACGACGGCGGCGUUGCAGACGAUGACCUCGAGACCGGUUCGUCAAAGCGAGCAAGCCGACGCUCUAAGCACGCACUGCGCCCUCCGUCCUCGUCCUCGAAGAUGCUUGUUCUCGAGGAUACUUCGUUGCCAUCGGAAGCCGACGUGAUCUUGCUCCACGGACGGGUCAAGCGCAUUCUGGCUGACCUUCGACGGUGUGAACAGGCGUGGCAGGAUGUGUGUUGGUCUGCACAACGAUUAAUCCAAUGGAUCGAUCAGACUGAGCAACUCCACGCGAGCGGAGCACCAACGCCGUCGACAACCCGUCCGAUGUCAGUGACCGAGUGGUUUUCGUCGUGGACGGCGCAUGCGAUGUGGACCUAUGCGAUCGGCGCCGCGACAGCUUGCUGUGUCUUUGGCUCGGCGAUCGUUUUGUGGAGCGAAGUGUUUAUGGGUGCUAGCCCUCGAUGGUCUCCACUGGGCCAGUUGCUCGCUGCCGCUGCCACUUCGUCAGAACCUCCGACAUCCGGCGCGUUGAGUGUCCAACUUGUGCUCCUGGCGCUCCUCACUUACAUGGGGACGUGUGUGUAUCAAAGUUUGUUUUCGAUCCGCGGAUUCGGACGUGUCGCGCUCCAUGGCGCGCACAAUUCGACCGAGCUCAGCCUCCUCACGGCCGCGAUCCAGCAGUGCCGCCUCCAGUUCUCGCUCGGCUACAACUUUUGCCUCCUCUUGAAUCGACACGAUCUCACCGACUACGCUUCGUUCCACACGCUCUUCACCGAUAUGCGCGUCAUUCACUUCUUCGGCACCGACUUUAACGUUUACUUGCCAAUGUGCAUGGUCGUGGUGGCAGCGACCACGAUGUGGCAUGGCUACGCGCGGCUGGUCAAGUCCAUGGGCCUCGACCAGUACGAGGAGCUCAUGCCUGGACACAUCGAGCAUGAAGCGAAGGUCCAUCAAGGCGACGUCCUGGUUCAGAAAGGCAUUGAAAAGUACACGAAGAUGAAAGCCAAGAUGGAAAAAGAAGCUGCCGAGCGGGUCGGCGGUGCCAAGGGCCAUGGACUCUCACAAGCGCUCUUGGACGAGUGACGACAGUACACUCAUUAUCCAUGUAUGAAGGACGAUGUAGACCAUGCCGCGCCAGGCAAUUUGUGUGUCCACGACGGACUUGUCGUCGGUGCUACAAGCAGCGUCGACGCUGGAGGUGGACGCAUCGCUUGGCUUCGUGCCGCUCUAAAACUCGUUCGAAGAGCACUUCGUUUAGGUUUUUCAUUUCGACGACGCCAUCAUCAGGUCGACCAGCGCGCAAAUGGCCCUUGUGCGGAGGAGGUUUUCAUGCACAG